AUAAAUUAAAAUAUUAAAAAUGACUUUAAAUUUAUCAAAUAAAAUUAUAAUAAAACAUUUACAAAAUUAUAGAACAAUAAAUACAACAAAAAUAUAUAGAAAUUUAUCUCCAAAUAAUGUAAUGAAUGUAUUUGAUAGAAAUGUAAAAUUACUUCAACGUGAACGUUCAGCAAAUAAUGCAGAUGUUAAAAUAUAUGAUUAUAUUAAAGAUGAAAUUGGUUACAGACUUGCUGAUAGAAUAUUUGAUAUUAAACGUGAAUUUAAAGUUGGUCUAGAUCUUGGAUGUGGUCGUGGUCAUGUUGCUAAAAAUAUUAUAUCUGAUAGUAUUAAAAAAUUAAUAUUAACUGAUAUGUCUGAGACAUAUUUAAAUCAAGCAUCUCUACCAGAUAACAUUGAAAUUGAAAAAAGAAUAAUUGAUGAAGAAAAUUUUUUAUUAGAUGAAAAUAGUAUAGAUAUUGUUGUAAGUUGUUUGAGUUUACAUUGGGUUAAUAAUUUGCCUGGUUGUUUUGAAAAAAUUAUUAGAGUAUUAAAAAAUGAUGGUGUUUUUAUGGCUGCUAUUUUUGGUGGUGAUACACUCUAUGAAUUGAGAAGUUCUUUACAACUUGCAGAACUAGAAAGAGAAGGUGGAAUAUCACCUCACAUAUCACCAUUUGCACAAAUACGUGAUAUUGGAAGUUUAAUGACAAGAGCUGGUUUUACAAUGUUGACUAUUGAUUGUGAUGAAAUUGUUGUUGGAUUUCCAUCAAUGUUUGAAUUAAUGCAUGAUUUAAAAGGAAUGGCAGAAAAUAAUGCAGCAAGAAAUAGAAAAUUACAUUUAAAAAGAGAAACAAUGAUUGCUGCAUCAGCAAUUUAUGAUGAACUUUAUGGUAAAAUUGAUGAUAAAGAUGGUAAAAAAUAUAUACCAGCAACGUUUCAAAUUAUUUAUAUGCUUGGAUGGAAACCAGAUAAAUCACAGCCAAAACCAUUACCACGAGGUAGUGGUGAUGUGUCAUUAAAAGAUUUAUAUAAAUUAAAUGAAAUAAUUAAAGAUACUAAAAAAAUACAACUCAAUGAUGAUGAUAAAUAAAAAGACCAUUUUGUUUGUUUGUAAAUAGAGAAAAAAUAAAUUUAAAUUAUAUAUAAAAUAUAA